AUGAAAGUACCAUUUAUAUGGUACUUUAUUACAAUUUUUGGCAUUUCCGACUGUCAUGGCUUUCAGCCGAGUGCCAGAGGGACUUCUGAUCAGCCCUCAGCUACUUUGGAUCUUUCAAAGAAGAACAACUCAGUAGGUACAUAUCAUAGCAAAGUUCUUGAUAAUAAGACCAUCCAGACAUUCCUUCUCUAUAGCGUCACUGCGACCAAAGUUGUAGAAGGUGACGAUACCAUUUGGGAGGCCGAAGGAGAAGAGAGAUGCCUGUACGCACAAAUAACAGUUGAAGGCGGUCUAGAGACUCUGGUGCUCAAGAUAAAAACUGAUAGGGAGGCAGAAGUAAAAUUCAGGAGGGAAGAUGGUCAGUGGACAAACACUUCCGGAACAGCUGAAUGUCCAGUGGAAGAAGGUCCCAGUCAAAACCAAGACUAUGUAGACCAUAAUACUCUAGAAGAAGCGAACAAUGACUCGUGUUAG